CAAGCUAACUAAACCAACACAAAGAGAAAAUGCGUUCCCACAUUCUGAUUGCCCUCUUCGCCCUGAUUGUUGUGGCUGCUGCCCAAGGAGGACCUCGAGGUGGACAACAAGGUGGACAACAAGGUGGCCAGGGAGGACCAGGACUUCAGAAUGGCCAGAAUGGUCAGCAGGAAGGACCCCAGGGAGGUCCUCAGAAUGGCCAGCAGGGUGGUCAGCAGCAAGGAGGUUCUGGCGGACAAUGGGGUCUGCCUCCGAAUGGCACCAUCUCCUCCAACAGCACCACUUCAACCACCGAGGCAAGCACCACUGAGGCUUCCACGUCUUAG